AUGCCUCGACCUGGGGUCGUUUCGUCUCGACAGGGAAUGAGCACGGUGGAUCCGUCCGGCGACUGGGUGGAGAUGGGCGAAGGAGGUGGAAAGAGGUUCCAAGUGAAUCGGGUCCGAUCUCAACGAAGCGACGGGGCCGAGGAAUCCGAUCAAUUCGGAUCCGACGAAUUCCUCACGACCGCCAACCACAACAUCGGUGGGACGUCGACGUACGACACUCGGUAUCUGAAGUCCCUUCGUCAUCUGACGCGGGAAGCCUUUCCCAGGGAACAUCACUAUCGGAACAUGAUGAGCAUCCAAGCCGGCUACGAGAGGCCCACGUUGGACGAGCUCCACGCCGCCACCGUCGUCGACGAACCCAGGGUAACCGCUCCUUUCUUCCGAACUCCAGAUUUCGUUCCGACUUCGGUUCCGGGUCGGCGAAGCGUCGAGCCGCAGGAACGCGCGCAGAAGAUGCGACGCGUCCGGCGAGUGCGAACGCAGCGCAACGUCCGCGUCGAAUGGCAUUCCGGAUUCCGGUUCGGUCGAACCGGUGUCGUCGGCGAAUCUGGCUCCUGUCAGAACCGACUACGGCGGUGUUUUUUCGCCGACGCCAUCGCGACCGUCGUGGUCGAUUUUGCGUCGCCGACUUCACUACCGUAG